GGUUACAACAAUGGUCAACCUUUCCAUUUUCGUUUUAUUCGCAUCUUCUUUGCCCUGUUUAUCGAAUUCGCUGUGUUAAUGCCGAAACCGACCAACGAAAUUUUCAUUCAUUCUUCAUUCGUUCAUGUGAAAGGUAUAUUAGGUGAAUCGGGCGUGGAGGAAAAAUCAUAUUAAAUUAGUUUUUUCUUUGGUGAAAGAAAAAAUUACAAACCGGAACUUAUGAGGAAAAAGUGCAUGCAGUGAAAAAUUCAUAACAUACUGGUUGUGUUUGUGUGCUGUAGUAAAAUUAUAAAUAUCUAAACAUUGUGCAUAUCUACUCGUAGCAGCGAAUGAAGUAGAAAAUUUCAGAUAUUUUUCUUGUGGCAGUUUUCAGUUGUCUACCUGCCGCAGCCGCUACCAAUAACGGCGGCAACAACAACGACAGCUCGAAUAAAUACAUGAGCGGUAGUGUGAGCACCAACAACACACAUAUAAAUUAUAUCUCAGCUCCAAACUCCAUUCGCUUAUUGUGUGAUUGUUGGCCGCUGCUGCCGUCAUCGCCAUCGCCAUAAGCACUAGUGUACCGCCUCCCAAAUGGCUGAGACGUGAAAAAUUGCUAAUUUUUUUUAUUAGAAAUCAUUUACUCAAGCAUAAAACAAACAAAGAAAAAAGUUUGUGAAAAAUGAAAAUUUCGUGAGAAGAUUAUAGUUGGAGAAUAGUGAAAGCAACAAACGAAAAGGAAUAAUCGAAAACGAGAGAGAGAGAAGCCGCUGUUGCUGCUGCUCCCCACCCCAAAAUAAGGUGGAAGUACGAAAUAAUAAAAUAUAUAAAUGCAGAUUUCUAAAGAAUAUAUUCUCUAUGAUCAUAAUCGAUUUCUUAGUUUCUUAUCUUGAAAGCGUUAAUAUAAAUUAACGUAUGUACCUAUCCCAUUGAAUUUGUGCAGAGAUUUAAUUCCGUUUUUGCAUUUAGAAACUUGAGAAAAUAUUCCAAAUACAAAUACAAUAAAGAUAAAAUAUUUAAAAGUAGAUGUAAUAAAGUGAUUAAAGAUGUAUAUGAUAAAUGUAUGAAAUAGAAUAGAAGAAGAGAAGAACAUAAAAACGAAGUGGAGCGAAAAAUAUACACAUAUACACACAAAUAUAUAUUUAUAAAGUGCGAGACUUGUGUGAAUUAAAAUAGAAUAGAAUAGAAAUAAAUGAAAUACAAGAAGUGUAAAACAGUAAUAAAAGACAAAUAGAAAAAAUAAAAAUAAAAGAGAAUUACUGCUUUAAAAGGCAGAGUAAUAUAACGUUGAAAAAAAGAAAGGAAAUAACAGAAAAUAGCAAAUCAAAAUGGCGCACCAACAGCAACUUGCCCCAUCAGUGAACUGCUCAUUGGACGAUAUCGAUUUGAAUGCAUUGAAGGAUCCCGCUGGUAUCUUCGAGUUAAUCGAGGUUGUCGGCAAUGGCACUUAUGGGCAAGUCUAUAAGGGUCGCCAUACGAAAACUGGUCAAUUAGCAGCCAUAAAAGUGAUGGAUGUCACCGAAGAUGAAGAGGAAGAAAUAAAAUUGGAAAUCAACGUGCUUAAAAAAUACUCAAAUCAUCGUAAUAUAGCAACUUACUAUGGCGCUUUUAUAAAGAAAUCUCCACCCGGUAAGGACGAUCAAUUAUGGCUGGUGAUGGAGUAUUGUGGUGCCGGCUCCGUAACCGAUUUAGUUAAAUCGACAAAGGGUCAAAGUUUAAAGGAAGAAUGGAUAGCGUAUAUAUGUCGCGAAAUAUUACGUGGUCUCAGUUAUUUGCAUACGAAUAAAGUAAUACAUCGUGAUAUCAAGGGACAGAAUGUGUUACUCACAGACAAUGCCGAAGUUAAGUUGGUGGACUUUGGUGUAUCGGCACAGUUGGAUCGUACGAUAGGACGACGAAACACAUUCAUAGGCACACCAUAUUGGAUGGCACCCGAAGUUAUUGCCUGUGAUGAAAAUCCGGAGGCCACGUACGAUAAUCGUUCGGAUUUGUGGUCAUUGGGCAUAACCGCAUUGGAAAUGGCCGAGUGUCAGCCACCAUUGUGUGAUUUACAUCCGAUGCGUGCACUAUUCUUGAUACCACGCAAUUCACCGCCACGUCUAAAAUCGAAAAAGUGGUCGAAGAAAUUUCACGGAUUCAUUGACACAGUUCUUGUGAAAGACUACCAUCAGCGGCCUUACACAGAGCAAUUAUUAAAGCAUGCAUUCAUCAAAGAUCAACCCACAGAUCGUCAGGUGCGUAUACAGCUGAAGGAUCACAUCGAUCGUUGUAAGAAACGAAAGCAAGAGAAAGAUCGUGAUGACUUCCAUUACUCCGGUUCGGAUAAUGAUGAUGAUGAGCCACAAAUUGCUGGUGAGCCUAGCUCCAUUAUACAGGCACCGGGUGGUGAUACUUUGCGACGUAAUUUCCAACAAAUCCAAGAGGGACGGAUUGCUGCUGAACAACAGCAACAACAACAAAUGGCUGCGGCUGCGGCUGCUGCACAAGCCCAAGCACAGGCUCAGGCACAGCAGCAACCACAAGCCAAUCGCAAUCAGAAGCCGCAAUCGCGUGAGCAAAGACAAAUUGAAGAACCUGGUCCACCGUCACGUCCGGCUUUGCCGCAACGCGUUAUUGUGGUGCCCGAUCCACCGCUUGCAAAUCCACCACAUGCCAAUCGCCCAUUGCCACCGACUCCGAAGAGUUCAGAACCCACUGCUCAAACGCCACAACAACAACAGCGUAAUUCGCAAAAUAAUUUCAAACCAUCGUUGCCACCAAGGAGACCUGAGGAUUUGGACAUGAUAGCAGCACAACUUAAUGAAUUGGGCAUCUCUCAACAGCCGCAACCGCAAACUGCUUUCGGACAACAACAAUUGCAACAACAACAACAGCAACAGGCACAACCUGAGGCGCCACCACGUAACAAUCGUCAAUCGGUACCACCAUCUUCAUCAUCAUCGUCAUCUUCACAGAUGAAAUCGGCACCAGCUAUACCGCCGUUAUCCAAUAAUCAUCAUCAUGCGCAACCAAUAAAUCCAUUAGAUCCAUUGGAUAGUAGCGAUACCGAUAGUGAACCGGAUGAGCCCAACGAACGUGGACGUAAUGAUGGUACCCUGUUGGCCAGUGAUCCACCGAAGCCACUGCCUGGACUUGGACCCGUCUCUGAGGACACAACGACCACACCCAUUAGCCAUGGCGGUGGCAGUGGUAGCGGCGGUGGACCACCAAAUCGUCCAUUGCCACCAACACCCGAUGACGAUGAUCAAGCUGGCGAUCGCACAUUGAUUAAGCGGAAACUCGAAAAUCAAAACAAAAUCCAAAAGUCUGCAUCCACCACUUGUGCUAAUCGUCCACCCCCACACAAGGACGAAGAUGUGCUCAUGCGUGAAUGGGACAUUGAGAAGUUCUUCCCCAACCGUGAUGCGGCCGGCGCCGCUGCCAUAUCCAAUUCGAGCACAUUAAAGGCCGAACAGAAGCUACUACAUCGUAGUAGCGUCUCGGAGAUGUCGCGCCGUAAUUCGAGUCAUCAUCAUUCACCAACACCAACAACAACAGCAGCAGCAGUAGCGAAGCAACAGCUACAAACAGAACAGCAGACACCACCACCAGUGCCACAAGGCUUCCAGCCUCUAAAAGGAACCACAACCAAAGAAAUGCAGCAAAAGCAACAGCAGACGCCAGCUAACAGCAGCAGCAGCGGUAGCGGCUCAAGUAGCACAAGCAGCGCAUGCGCACAAAAACCCACUCGUAGUGGCGGCAUUGGCGCACAAAAGGCCCAACCACAACAACAAGUGCAAGUGCACAAACGUCAAGAGUCCGACUCGAAGUUGCCGAAUAUUAUGCGUAGCUUUAGACGUGAAAACUCCGAUUUCUUCCCACAAAUGAAACGUUACUCGGCUGUACUGAGUAAUAGUAGCAAUUUGAGCUCACCGCAAUUGGUGCAGGCACAACGUGCCAGCGUCAUGCUACCACGCAGCAGCAUGUAUAAUAGUAAAAAUGAAAAUGCAUCAACAACAACAACAACAGCUGCGACGUCGACAACGACGUCCAGUGCAGAAAAUAAGCCAAAGGAUAAAAAUAAUAGCGCGAGUAGCGCCGAAACGAGUGCUUCCAAUGCUGUCAAGCAGCAACAAACUCCAAAGUCAACCGUCGCCAGCAGCGGCAGUUCUUCAAGUGCCAAUAAAGUGCCAAAUUCAAGUGCCAAUGGUGGUGGUGGUGUGUCGGCGCAGCCACAAGUAGCCAAAUCGAGUUGGGCAAAUAAUAAGCUAGAUUUUCUACGACCCAGACGUGAAAAGACUGAAUCGGUUAUAGUCUUGCAAAACUCCGCCGCACGACAGCAGUCAUUCCUGGCGCAACAACUACUACAGCAGCAGAAUCGUAGCAGUGAAAAUAGCGGUCUCGGUACUCCCGGUACACGUACAAGCAGCGUCUUACCCGAUUUGCUUAGUCAAGCUUCGCCAGCAACACCACCGCGUCAUGAUAAAUCAUCCAGCGAGGAGUAUCAAGCGGCCAUCAACUCAUCAGUGCAUUCCACGCCAUCAAAAUCGUUUAUCACUUCGAACAAUUCACCGCAAUCGACAAUAUCCCUGUCGUCCUCGUCGCGGCAGAAUAGUCCGAAGAAUUCGAUUUGUAAAACUAGAUCGACUAGCAGUAUUACUAAUUUAUUGCAUAAAUCUGCUUCUUCUUCUUCCAACAUAUCAUCACCAUUGACAACAUCAUCAUCAUCAUCGGCCAAUUUACCACCGCACGCAUAUGCGUUGCAACAGAAACAGCGUAGUUUCCUAACAUUCGGUUUUGGUGCUGGCGGUUCGGGACCAACGCGUCGUGAAUCGCAUAUAAAUGUGAAUGUGACGCCGACAUCGCAUGAGGCGACUAGCGAUACACCGGAAAUACGUAAAUAUAAGAAACGUUUCAAUUCGGAGAUACUAUGCGCCGCCUUGUGGGGUGUCAAUUUGUUAAUUGGCACCGAGAAUGGUCUUAUGUUGCUCGAUCGUUCGGGUCAAGGAAAGGUGUAUCAACUGAUCUCGCGUCGUCGUUUCCAACAAAUGGAGGUGCUAGAGGGUCAAAAUAUUUUGGUUACCAUAUCUGGAAAAAAGAAUCGUGUGCGCGUUUACUAUUUGUCAUGGUUGAAAUCGAAAAUUCUACGUACCGAUGGACUUUCUGAUCAAGUGGAACGUCGCAAUGGUUGGAUAAAUGUUGGUGAUUUACAAGGUGCUGUACAUUUUAAAAUUGUGAAAUACGAAAGGAUUAAGUUCCUAGUGAUCGCAUUAAAAGACUCUAUUGAAAUUUAUGCAUGGGCUCCAAAGCCAUAUCACAAAUUUAUGGCAUUUAAGAAUUUCGGCGAUUUAGAACAUCGUCCGUUAUUAGUAGAUCUCACCAUAGAGGAUCAAUCACGUCUUAAAGUGAUUUAUGGUUCGGCUGAGGGUUUUCACGCUGUGGAUUUGGACUCUGCCGAAGUCUACGACAUUUAUCUUCCUAAACAUACUCACGAUGCAAUCAUUCCGCAUUGUAUAGUGGCGCUUCCAAAUUCGAAUGGCAUGCAAUUAUUAUUAUGCUACGACAAUGAAGGUGUCUAUGUAAAUACGGUUGGACGAGUUUCUAAGAAUAUUGUUUUGCAGUGGGGCGAAAUGCCAACAUCUGUAGCCUACAUUGGUACUGGGCAAAUCAUGGGCUGGGGCAAUAAAGCAAUAGAAAUUCGUUCAGUUGAAAGUGGUCAUUUGGAUGGUGUGUUUAUGCACAAAAAAGCACAACGCUUGAAAUUCCUGUGCGAACGUAAUGACAAGGUGUUCUUUAGCAGUGCCAAAGGUGCUUCAUCGUGUCAAAUAUAUUUCAUGACACUCAACAAGCCAGGCAUGGCCAACUGGUAAUCAGUCAGCGAAUUCCAAACAAAUAAAAAAUGAGCAUAAGUAAAAAUUCGUAGUGAUAAAUGCGCAACGUAGAAACAUACGACAAAAAAAAAAUAAAAAUAAAAUAAAUGAGCGUAAAAAAUAGUGUGUGCGAAAUAAAAAA